GGGAGUUGUUAACUGCGCCUCUCGACGUGCAUCUGCCGAACUCUCUCUCUCCAUAUAUAUUCGUUUCUUCUUUCUUUUCUUUCUCCCUCCUCCCUUACCCCCCUCUUUUUGAACACUCGUCUCUAACGUACACGUUUGCGCUCUUGUAGAAGUGACAGCCGACGCGCUCCUCCAUCUUAUAUUCAUAUAUUUUUCUUUUCAGUACCCUUGCUCGCUGGACCCGGUGUGAGAGACGCAUCGUACUGUCUUGAAAGGUUGACGGGAGACACUCAGCGUACAUACAUUGCCUUCUUUUUCUUUUUGCAAAUACGUGCGAGACGUCGGGCGUCUAAGAGCCGAAGGAAUACAGCGGUGAGUGCAUAAAAGCAGAGAGCGUCAAUAACAACCGCUGCAAAAUAAAAGAAAAGUAAGUGCGUCGUCAAUCAGGCUAGACAAUACUACGUAACGUGGCUCCUCAAAAUUUAAAAGAAACCACAAAGAUCAUAGAACGAAGAGAACCACAUGGUGCGCUGACAAAGCACAAGAACAAAGUUCGACGACGUACGCGAAUCGUAGAGACUCCACACGUGUGCUUUCGUUUUCUUCACUUGCCGCCAUCAACGUUUGCUGGUGCAACGUAGCUCCCUUUGUCGACACACAUAUUCUUCCUUCUUUAUCCGUUUUUUGCGGUGUCGCGUUAGCUCGCCACACCCUUUUAGAAGUGUAAUAGAGGUGAAAACGGGAGAACAAGAAGCAACAAGCAGAAGUACAGACUCAUCACAAGGACAGACAAACAGCAGGGAAAGAAAACCUCCUCACAAGCAAAGCUGGUGUCAGAUAAUCCGCCUGUGCUCUGUGUGCCGGAGAACCCUUUUUCUUUUACUUUUUCCUGUUUACCGCACCGCUUAUAGAACUUCUUCUUGCAACAUAUUUCUUCUGUUUUUUUUUUUCUCAUCACUAAGUGGCACUCAGAUCACAUCCCCAUACACACACUGACACAGACAUUGGUACGCGGACGGAGAGAAUUGUUUGUCUGUGCGCGUGAGACGUGACGAGCAUUACCCACUUUUUCAAGUUUCACCUUCGUGUGUGUUCCUCUUUUUCAGUCUAACAGCGUGUAUUUUCACACGCAACUGACUCCUCACUUUACAUCAUCCCAAAAGGAAAAGCAACUGAGUUGUGAAGGCCGUAAACGACAAUAGGGGAACGCUAUUUCUAAAAUAAAAUCGUAAUACUCCAUUGUCAAGCAUAAGAGAAGGAACAGGUUUUUGAAGUUCAUAGAUCCUACUUUGAUUGUUUUUUUCUAAUAUUUUGUUAUCCAAGCCUCCUCGCUCUUUCGUUUCUCCAGUGUCAACGCGGCUACGAAGAAUACAAGAGCAGGUCGUUUUUCUUUUUGGUUGUGUGCACAGGUUUUACUACACUUACAGCUGGGGUUUCUCACCUUCUUUUCUCUUUGCGUUGUUUUUGAAACGUGAAGCGCUUUCUCUUGAGUUUUUCCUUUUUUUCCCUUCUUCCUUCCGUCUCUUCGAGGCUCAUACAUUUAAACGGUUCUUGCGUGGUGAAAGUACCUUCUUUUUCUACUUCCUUUGUCUCUCGUUUUCCCAGUGGACUCCUAGCGUGCGUGGUUCUCCGUGUCUUUGGCUUCUGUUUGCAUUUUUAUAGCUUUUCGUGUUAUUUUUUUGUUUCUGCCUUCUUCAUCCUUUCUCACACGAACACAUCCGCACUGACGGUUGUUGGUUUUUCUGCGCUAUUACGGAACUUCAAGUUGGCCACACCUCUGCAGCAAAGGUUAUCUUCUCUUUAAUAACAAAAGAGUUGCCUAACUCGCGAAGCUUGGAGUAUUGUUUUGUGCUUUUUAUCUGCCUCAUCCCACACAUACACGCUUAUACGCGUCGUGUAGGUCCUCCUACCACUACCACGAAUACUACUACUACUCCGCACACACACACACACACACACACACACACACACACAAUGGUGUACCGGCACGGCUCCCACCCUUGCCACGGCUUCGAGCAGCUCACCGCCGCCCCGAGCGGGCGGGCCUGCUCUGUCUGCAAGGCGCUCUCCGACGGUUCAGAUGUGCGUUGGUUUGGCUGCGUGGCCGCCCCGUGCGAGUUCCUCCUGUGCGAAAAGUGUUUCAACGUGAAGGAAGAGCUGCUGGAGGAACCACAGGUGAUGAUACGGAACCCGAUGCUGGAUUACGACGACACCGAUGCCGCCAUUCGCACCCGCCCACGCCCGGGCAGCUACUGUCUCUCGAUGCUCUACGGUGGCCGGCUCAUGCGGGUGCUGAGCUCGGCGGCUGAUGAGGCCGACCCGACGCAGUUGUACUUCCGCAUUGCCUCCGGUGGAUGGAUCAAGAAGUCGCACGUCGUCUGCGUGCACCCGCACACCAGCCCCAGCAUGCAGCUCUUAACGGAGGUGCACUUUAACAAUCGCAAGCUGGGCGACGACAUCGCGAGCGGCGCGGUGCAGUUCGAGGUGCUGAGGAAUUUGCUGCUGGACUGUAUGGAAACGAUGGAUGACAACGUCGCAUACGGGAUCGUGAUGAGUGCGCUCGUUAUGUACCCGCUGCUGUCGACAGUGGAGGUGCCGCUGCGGUCGUUCCGCGUGGCGCCCGACCCGCUGCCUGUUGUCGAGUACACCUACUUUAUCUUGCAGUUUGUGCACACCAAGUUGUCGGAGCGGAUGAACCAGGAGGACAUGCAGUUUGAUUUUCGCCUCUCCGACAGCACGAUGACGCCGCUCUUUGGCGAUGUCCUCGCGCGCUGCCUCUACGUGGCCUACUGUCUCACGUGCAACUGGAAGGUGCGCCUGUCUUCGUCGUUUGUCGAUCUUGUGGUGCGCUCCCUCGCCACGCUGGACCGCCUGCGUCUGCUGCUGCGCGAGGAGCCGUUGGACCAGCCACCUGUGCUCACCGCACCGGCGGUCACCAUCUACCACUCCAGCGUCAUCACGGAGAAGCAGCGCCUCUGCCGGCUCUUUCUUUACAUGUCCGACAUGGGCGGGAAGCUGCUACAGCAGUGCAUCAAGGACACCCGCCUGGACCUCUGCGUUCUGCAGCCGAUCCGCGACCAGCUGUGUAGCAGCGCCUCGCCGUCGCUCUCUAAGGUGUUCUGCGAGGCCCUAGCGACCUUCGCAGAGGUCGACCUGCACCGCGUGCAAAACACUUUUCUCGACAUCGACGCACUCGAGGUCGUUGGCAACCUGGCCGCGACUGCACCGCUUGCGGAGUCGCAGAUGGCGGUCUACCGCGUCGUGCAGCACCUCGCCACGCAGUCGCCAGCCAACAUCGCCCUCACGACUGUGGUACUUCUCCACAGUCUUUUAGACAUGUUGACACAGACGCAGAGCCCGGCGGCGUACGUCGCCGCCAUGGACUGCUUCUACGAGCUGGCCUUUAAUGACCCGCGCUACCGCGGGGCAAAAUGUGCGGGGGCCGAGAUGCCGCAGCCGCAGCUGCACGUGUGUAGCGCUGUCUCUGCCGCUGCGAGUGCUGCGCCGGGCACCACCACGACGCCCUAUCAACUUCUCCACACCUACCGCCUGCCCAGCGGUGCCUUUGUUCCCCUGUGUGCCUUCUGCGCGGCGCACCACCCGCCGAGCGCGUGCGACGUGGCGGAGCGGCCGCAAUACGCCUACUUCCACUGCAGCUGCACACACUGCGGCGGCGAGCUCGACCGUCCUGCAGGUCGGUCCAACUCAUUGCCUUCCAUCCCACUGACGGCGGCCCUGCGAGUGCUCGAGGCGCAGCUGCCGGAGAAAGUGCUGACCCUCGCGCCGUUAAUGCAGAUCCCGCAGGCUCUCAACGCCCUCGGACGGGUGCUGCUGCGCGUGCCGCCCAAUGCAGCGGUAAUCGUGCGCAUGAUAGAUGAGUUGGUCCGCUACACGUCGCUGGAGCAGGUCCCGCAUGCGGCGCUGGUCGUGAAGGCAAACGCGCACCUGCCGCCCGUGCUCCAGCGCCUGGCGAACUGCGGCGACACGGAGCUGGGCCAAUACGUGCUGAGCAUGUUCGACGUGGUGACGCCGGCGAAGAACUACGUGGAAGAGACGCCCGCCAAGAGCCAUCGGGACAGCGAGUUGGGCCUGUCUGCGUCGCCGUACACGAGCUCAACGUUGCAGAGCGGCUCCUUGUACGAGAUGCGCGGGGGACUGUCCUCCUACACGCGUGAUCUCUCCCUCGGCGUCCAGCUGUUUGGCGGCGGGGCCUCGGUAGAGGAGUGA